AUGCAACAGUCAGCUAGGCCAAGGAAAAAAGAGAGAGAACCCUCACCAGUUUCACCAGAAAUGGUGGCGGAGACGGUGGCGCAACCACGUGAGAAGUCCAGUUUCAACCAGUCGCUAUCGUUCCUGGAUUCCAGUGGGGAUUUUGGGUGGUCUGGGUUCGUGGCCUCACGACGAGUUGAACGGGACCGGUCUCGAGGGCUGAGGUGGUCGGAUGUGGCGAUUGGGUGGCGGUUUCCGUCUCGGUGA